UAUUGGCCACUUUCGUCCAUGUGACCAAAACACAAUCAUGGCGGCCUCCGCUGCUGUCCGGUCGAGCAUGGGGCUGACUUUCAGACUUUCUCGAGUUAUGCCGGACUGCAGCACCUGUCCUCUCAACAGGUUAAAGAGCUGUGUGAGCAGCGCGGCUAAUGUCCAAAGGAGGGGUUCGUUUGACAGCUUCCGGACGAUAAACCGACACUUGCAGACGAGUAAAGGUCUUUACCACAGUGAGGAAGGCAGCUCCAAUGCAGAGGACCCAGAGGACGUGGUGAAUGUGGUGUAUAUAGAUCGGUCUGGUAAGAGGAUCCCAGUUAAGGCCAAGGUGGGAGAUAACGUCCUCUAUCUGGCUCACAAGCAUGGAAUUGACCUGGAAGGAGCCUGUGAGGCAUCACUAGCUUGCUCUACAUGUCAGGUCUAUGUGAGUGCCGACCAUUUUGACAAACUGCCAGAACCUGAGGAGAGGGAGGAUGACAUGCUGGACAUGGCGCCCAUGCUUCAGGAGAACUCCCGGCUGGGAUGCCAGAUCACCCUCACCCGAGAGCUCGACGGAAUCGAGCUCACAUUGCCCAAAGUCACCAGGAACUUCUACGUGGACGGGCAUGUGCCCAAACCUCACUGAGAGGAGGCCCAAAUGAUGAUGAAGAAGGGGACUGAUGGAAAAUGACAUGGGGUCUCUGCGCUGCCCCUGGAGUGACGGGUUGCGACCAUGAAGAGAUACACUGCAAGGAUAGCGAAGUCCGUAGCAACUCCCAAGAUGACUUGAAGAACAACUGAUUCCACAGUUAACCAAUGACAGGACUGACCUGCAGAUGAGAUCAAGCAGAGUCGGACACUAUAUGAGUGAAGGUGAAACUAAUGGUUACUUCCAACAAAAAAAAAGAAAAACAAGCCCUGCGAUGGUUUAACUGAUAUUGUAUUUAUUUUUGUGGACAUGUUCUCAGGCCAGCAUUACAACACCAUUCAAUCUCAAAAGCUGUUCUUUGUUAAAACACCCUAUACAUUUAAGAUACAUUUCAUGCUUGUUUCAUACAUGGCACACCUGUUUUAACAAAGUUCAUCUUUAUGACAUUAAAUGGAACAUUCCUUGUUACAGCUCAUAUACGCACAAGUCUCACAAGCUGAUCAUUUCUGCCAUCUCAUUUCCAUUUCCCUUGUCAGAUAUUGUAUACAUAGAAUUUACUCUCAUCUAUAUGCUCAUUUGUAGGUGUUGUCAUGGCUUAUCAGUAAGUACCCACUAUCUGUAAUCAGCACUGAGUCACAAACCCCCAGUUUUCCUCUGCAUGGCCCUGAAAAAGAAGAAGCCAUAUGAUGAAAUGGUGGUAGAGGACAGUAUCUGAGUGGAGCUUAAAGGGUGGUCUCUUAAAUAUAGUGAACAAUAAAUCAGGAUUAGACUGUUAAUGAUUAUAUUUUAUUCACUAUAAACAUUUCCAGUAAUAUAUAUGGCUGAUUAUGCUUCAAGUGUUAAUUUAAAGCACUUCCUGCCAGGUGCCACUGAUUUUGCUUAAUUAGCAGGUCAGGUUCAGGUGUGCUUUGAGCCAGAGCAGGAUGGAGGUGGAGACUUAUCUGUUCUGAAGCUGGUGGGCUUCAUGUUACCAUGGAUUAAGUUUACUACAUCUACCUUUAAGUCUACUGUACUUGUCCAAUUUACGCACAAAUAUAAGUGAGUUCUGUAUAUUAUGUCUUAGGAAUUACACAUAUUUAAAGUUGUGCAAUAAAAUCAGUUUUAAAAAGA